GUUUCGGUGGCGGUUUCGCUCCUGGGCUGGGACUCGCGGGAACCGGAGAGGCACGGGGCGGCGGAGAGAGCCGCGCCGGGCGAACUUGGAGGCUGCCUCCCAGGGGCGAGGGGCCGCUUGGAGCCGCCCGUCAGCUCUUUCGGCGGAAACGCUUAAAGCCACCAGUGUCUAGGCGGCGCGGGCAACUUUUCGCUUUCCUGGGGGCCGGCGGGAGAUUGGCUUAUCUUGGGAGCUACGGGGCAUUGCUCAUCCUGAAGAUCAGGUGACCACCGACAUCAGCCAUGUCAUCCAGGCCUCUUGAAAGUCCACCUCCUUAUAGACCUGAUGAAUUCAAACCCAAUCAUUAUGCACCAAGCAAUGACGUAUAUGGUGGAGAGAUGCACAUUCGACCAAUGCUCUCUCAGCCAGCGUAUUCUUUCUACCCGGAAGAUGAAAUUCUCCACUUCUACAAAUGGACCUCUCCUCCAGGAGUGAUUCGGAUUCUGUCUAUGCUUAUUAUCGUGAUGUGCAUUGCCAUUUUUGCCUGUGUUGCCUCCACUCUUGCCUGGGACAGAGGCUAUGGAACCUUAAUAGGAGGUGGUAUUGGCUACCCUUAUGGAGGAAGUGGCUUUGGUAGCUACGGAAGUGGAUAUGGCUAUGGUUAUGGCUACGGUUAUGGCUAUGGAGGAGGCUAUACAGAUCCAAGAGCUGCAAAGGGAUUCCUACUGGCCAUGGCUGCCUUUUGUUUCAUGGCUGCAUUGGUGAUAUUUGUUACCAGCGUUGUAAGAUCUGAAAUAUCUAGAACAAGAAGAUAUUAUUUGACUGUGACAAUAGUGAGUGCUGUCCUGGCCAUUAUGGUGUUUAUUGCCACAAUUGUCUAUAUAAUUGGAGUCAACCCAACUGCCCAGGCAUCUGGGUCUCUCUACAGUUCACAAAUAUACGCCCUCUGCAACCAGUUUUAUACACCUGCAGCUGCUGGAAUCUAUGUGGAUCAAUAUUUAUAUCACUACUGUGUGGUGGAUCCCCAGGAGGCCAUUGCCAUUGUGCUGGGGUUUAUGGUUAUUGUGGCUUUUGCUUUAAUAAUUUUCUUUGCCGUGAAAACUCGAAGAAAGAUGGACCAGUAUGACAAGUCAAAUAUUUUGUGGGACAAGGAACGUAUUUAUGAUGAGCAGCCCCCCAAUGUGGAAGAGUGGGUUAAAAACGUUUCUGCAGGCACACAAGACAUGCCUCCUCCCCUUUCUGACUACGUGGAGAGAGUGGACAGCCCCGUGGCCUACUCUUCCAAUGGUAAAGUGAACGAGAAGCGACUGUAUCCAGAGUCUUCCUAUAAAUCAACACCGGUGCCUGAAGUGGCUCAGGAGCUGCCAGUGACUUCACCUGUGGAGGACUUCCGGCAGCCUCAUUACAGCAACAGUGGUAACUUGGAGACGCUUUCAAAAAGGGCUCCCUCGAAGGGCAGGGCAGGAAGGUCGAGGAGAUCAGAGCAAGACCACUAUGAAACAGACUACACGACGGGCGGCGAGUCCUGCGAUGAGCUGGAGGAGGACUGGAUCAGGGAAUAUCCACCUAUCACUUCAGAUCAACAAAGACAACUCUACAAGAGGAAUUUUGACACUGGCCUGCAGGAAUACAAGAGCUUACAGGCAGAGCUUGAUGAGAUCAAUAAAGAACUCUCUCGUCUGGAUAAAGAACUGGAUGACUAUAGAGAAGAGAGUGAAGAGUACAUGGCUGCUGCUGAUGAAUACAAUAGACUGAAACAAGUUAAGGGAUCUGCAGAUUACAAAAGUAAGAAGAAUUAUUGCAAGCAGUUGAAGAGCAAAUUGUCACACAUUAAGAAGAUGGUUGGAGAUUAUGAUCGACGGAAAACAUAGAUAGCAGAUGCCACAUUGUUAGGUUAAGAAGUAUCUGAGUGACAUCUCUGCAAUGUUAUCAGGAGUCAAAAUGACUUUGGACUCUAACCUGGGAGGCCAAAUCUUUGUGAUCAUUACAGAGUUUUGGUAGUUUUAAUAUCAUCAGUAUUGAAGCAUUUUAUAAAUAGCUUUUGAUAAUCAACUGGGCUGAACACUCCAAGUAAGGAUUUUAUGCUUUAAACAUUGGUUCUUGUAUUAAGAACUUUUGUUUGAGGUUUUUAAACCUCUAAGGAAGGUCCUGGAGUACACUGUGCUGUGAACUUUCACACCCUAGGCAAUCAGGUCUUAAUACCUAAGUACGCUCAUUGGGUCUUGUAGGGGAUAGUUUAAUUCUCCCAGAAUUCUCCCUUCAGAUAACUGUUACUUAUAAUCAUUUAUUUUCAGAUAAGGAAACUGGGGCCCUGCAAUAAAGUCUCUGAAGUGAAACUGCUUGUUGCCUAGCUUGCAGUUUUGGUUAAGUCUGUUUUAUGACUCCAUUGAUAAAGUCCCUGGCCUUUUCCUAUUUUAGCUACUACGGAUACUGAGUCCUACCAGCCUCCCUAUUGAUUUUUUUCUGUGUAUAAAUGCUUAAGAGCUUUUUAUUUCAUGUUAUCCUGGUAAUAAAGAUCAUGUAAAAGUAACAAAUGUGUGAAAUUUGAAGAUUGUAAAUAUAUGUUUACUUUUGAAAAAUCAAAGUUUAAACCUACUGGUUAGAAUUUUGUUGUGUAUUUUUAAAUGCUUUUUAUCUUUUAUGGUUUACAUGCUUUUUUUAAACCAACUAGCCUUUUCCAUUAUAUCAAAGUAUCCAAUUACAUUUAUAAUUCAAUUGUGACUUGAAUUGUAUCUUACAGGAAUUUUCAAGUUUUGUACAUAUUUUAUAAUUAUUAAAACUGGUGUUUUCUUUCCAUAAUGUACCUUUUUGAUGUCAUUAGUGCUGUUAAUAUUAAGCUAUGGAAAACUACACUCAGAAGUUGUAUCUGUUACUGUUUUAAACUAUUUUGGGUGCUGUGCUGGUUGGUAGCUUCCUAAAUCCUUUGGCUAACAGAAGGCUGAUUUGUCUGGAAAUGGAAUCCAAUAUCAUAAAACACCAAAUUAUUUCAAAUGGUGCCCUUAAAUCUCAGCAUUUUUUUUAACUCAGUUUUUUUCUGGUAAAGUAGAAUUAGCUGAUAAUACUGGAUAUAUAGCUAACCAAGUGGAUUGUGAUUAUCCCCUCAGUUUGGAACUCUCAUUUAAGUAUAUUGUUUUUAAUAUAUAAGUCUGAAUCAUUUUCCAAAGAUAAAAAUAAGGUUUCCAUUAUAACACUGAUACAGUUCUUCAAGUUGAAGAAAUUCUUAAUUUUCUAUGUGCUGCUCAUACUACAAAAGGUAAUAAAUAGUUUAUGUUUUUCAUAUCUUUUGAAUUCAUACCAAAUGGUAAGGACUCUAUCGAGCAACUUAAUUGAUUUUUUUUUUAA